GUCUUUCUCUUUCGGCAAUGGCCAUACACUUCUCUUGCCGCCCGCCAAAGAAACUGAAUCCUCCGCCCGCCUUCGAGAGGCUCUGUUCUGCCUACUCUGUUAUCAGUCCUGUUAUCUAGCAUUGUGGCGGUGUUUCAGAGCUCCCCCACCUGUCGUAGCAGUGCUCGCGGAUCGCCAGCCAUAUGGAAUGAUUUCUAGUGGUUCUGGGAUCAGAAGGGUCUUUUGAAUGCAGGUGAGUGAGUUCUGGCGUUAUCUCGGGGAUUGGGCGCCAGCGCUGGAGUGUGGUAGAGACAGGUGACUGUCGCAUCACGUCGAAGAUGACGCUCGUUGGAGGGCCCGUGCGGCGGGCUGAUGGCGGCGGAAGCCUCGGCGGCCUGAUUGGGUAAAGCGGGUCCUCGACUUCACGUCUCCACGAGUGAAGGCUGGAGCUUCGAACUUGACAUUCGUGCCUCUACCGAAGGGGGUCAGUCUUCAAGAUGAUCCUGCGACGCGCUCUUCUCUUCUCGCGAAGCAUACCGCGACAUGUCCCGCGACCAGUAGUGCCUCUCCGCACCAUCUCCGGAAUCGCGCAAGCACCAAACGCGAAUGACAGCCUCCCGUCUGCAUCGGCGUCGAUGGGCUUUGAAGAUAUCCAAAUUGCUCUUGAAUCCGACCCGACUUGGUCCGUUGAGUCGUUGCUCCCUCCCGCAAACAAAGCGCCUAACGCCCCGGAAAUCUCCUCGCAGCAGCUCCACCACCUCCUUCGUCUCUCCGCCCUGCCGCUUCCCAACUCUCAAGAAGACGAGGAAAAGAUGUUGUCGACGCUUGCAGACCAGCUUCACUUUGUGGGCAAGAUACAGCAGGUCGAUACGACAGGCGUGAAGCCUCUGAGAGCGAUACGGAACGAGACUGCUGCUGCCGAAGUGGAGCAGACCGUCACACUCGAGACGCUGAAGGAUGCUCUCGCGAAGGAGAAGGUCAUCGGCAAGCACUACAAGCGCAUACAGAGGGCUACUACACCUGUAGAUGCCUCGGAUGUAGAGAGUUGGGAUGUACUUGGCUCGGCGGAGCGAAAGCAAGGAAAAUAUUUCGUCGUGGAGAGCGAACGCCCGCAAGAGUAGCUCGUCUUAAAACCUAAGCAGCAUGGUACGAGCGAUAGCAGCGACACGUCUGAUGGACCUGGGACGAAUGUGAAUAUUGCUCUAACAAUCCAUAUCAAGCACAACGCU